AUGACGCUCUCUCUGUGGCAAGCUCCCGUGGCUCGUUUUGUCGACGACGCCCUCGCCACCAAUGGCGCCAGCGUCGCCAUCGCCCUCCGCCAGUACGUGGUGGCCCAUUACCUUAUUCACGGAUGGUGGGGCUACGCCAACUUGUUGAGGGACAUCGUGUUGUUGCUGAUGGCUUCUCGAUUAUUCCAAACCGUGUGGACUUAUGUUUACGGUUACGGCCCCGUGGGCUCGGCUAAGAUGGCCUACAACUACCUGUCCCGCCGCUUCUUCGCCUGGGUGCUUUCGUUGCCCCCGAUCAAGUCUAAGGUCGACAAACAGGUGUCGGAAGCGAUGACUAAAGUCGAGGCCGGCUUGAUCAAAAACGACGAUUCGUUAUUACAAUUGCAUAAGCUCCCCACCGAGGGGUUGCCGGUGAACGACAUCGACGCCGAAUUGGACAAGUUGGCCAACCUUGAACACACCGACUACCUCAACGGCCGCGUGCUGGGGGCCGUCUACCAUGGCGGCGACGAGUUGCUUGCGCUCCAGACGCGUGCCUACGAAAAGUACUCGGUGGCUAACCAAUUGCACCCCGACGUGUUCCCCGGUGUACGGAAGAUGGAGGCGGAAGUGGUGCUGAUGGUGUUGCGGGCGUUUAAUGCCCCUGAAACCGGGGUCGGGUGUACCACUCUGGGGGGUACCGAGCUGCUUUUGCUCGCGGGUCUUGCCGCUAGAGAAUACGGUAAGCGCUAUAAGGGUAUUACUCGUCCCGAGAUCAUCGCCCCGGUUACCAUCCACGCCGGUAUUGAAAAGGCGUGCUACUACUUUGGUAUGACCCUUCACAAAGUCGACUUAAACCCCAAGACUUACCAAGUUGAUGUCGCCCAAGUGAAGCGGUUGAUCAACGGUAACACCGUGCUUUUGUGUGGUCUGACGCCUAACUACCCUCACGGGGUCAUGGACGACAUCGAAGCCCUCGGCGAACUCGCCACCAAAUACAACAUCCCCCUCCACGUCGACGCCUGUCUCGGGUCAUUCAUUGUCAGUUUCUUAAGCAAGCUGAAGGUCCACGGCGACAAGAAGCUCCCCAUCACCGACUUCAGAGUCCCCGGUGUUACUCUGAUCUCGUGUGACACUCACAAGUACGGGUUUGCCCCGAAGGGGUCGCUGAUCAUCAUGUACCGCCUGCACAAGAUGCGUGAAUGUCAAUACUACGUGCUGACCGACUGGACAGGUGGGUUGUAUGGCUCGCCUACGUUGGCAGGGCUGCGUCCGGGGGCGUUGAUGGUCGGGUGCUGGGCAACGAUGCUCCACAUGGGUGAAGAUGGCUACACUAAGCUUUGCUACGAAAUCGUGCUGACGGCAAUGAAGUUCCGCACCGCCAUUGAAACUCACCCGACUCUCCUGAAAUACUUGGAGGUGAUUGGUAACCCUCUUGGUCUGGUGGUGGCGUUCAAGACUAAAACGGACAAUGUGUUCAACAUCUACGAUCUCUCUGACGAUUUGAGCCACAAGGGCUGGCACUACGCCACUCUUCAAAACCCUCCCGCGUUGCACUUUGCCUUCACUCGUCUCACUGUACCUAUCAUCGAUGAGUUGAUUCAAGGGGUGGUGGACCUGGUGGAAAAGUUGGCUGCCGCCAGUGACGGCAAGCGGGCGAAGCCUCGGGGUGACACCGGCUCUUUCUAUGGGGUGGCCGGCUCUGUGUCGACCACCGGCGUUGCCGACCGCUUAAUUGUUGGCUUCUUAGACGCACUUUACAAGCAAUGA